AAAUAAGCAUUCGGCCUGCAAUUCUCUUUUCUUACAGCUCUUGUGCCAGUCUUCGAUUCGUUCCAUGCAUCUCCAUUCCCCUUGGGCAUAGGGUUUUUCGUGCUUCGAUGAACAGAAACUACCAUACAGUAGUUUCCACAUGACUAAAGUGAUAUUACUUUUCUGUCGUACAAUACCGCCAUUUAGUGCCUCCAAACCUUUCAACAACCGUCAUCAUGUCGCGACUUUCAGACGUCAAUGAUUUCCACACGAUCGGUGGAACAUACCACCCCGACACCAAGGAUCUGGAGGGGAAUCCCUCCCCAGAUGCUCCAUACAGUCAUGAUGGCCAGCAUCCAAUUGUUGCCGACAAGCUGGCGCGAAAACUUUCCGCUCGUCAGGUCCAGAUGAUUGCUAUUGGAGGAACAAUCGGUACUGGACUGUUCCUCGGUACAGGAAGGUCUCUUGCUACAGGUGGGCCAGCUUCUAUGCUCAUCGCAUAUUUGAUAGUUGGUGGUAUUAUAUUGCUGACGAUGUUGGCCCUUGGCGAAAUGGCUGCGUUCGUGCCUAUUGCUGGUUCUUUUUGUACAUUUGCUGGACGAUAUGUUGAUGAUGCAUUUGGUUUCGCUUUGACGUGGAAUUAUUGGUUUAACGACGCUGUUUCGACCGCAGCUGAUUUGGUUGCACUUCAGUUGGUGUUUUCAUACUGGAAUACAAAUAUGCCCGGCUGGGCACUAAGCUUAAUUUUUUGGGUCGUCUUGAUUUUCGCCAACAUUGUCACUGUUCGGGCUUAUGGAGAAGUAAGCUUUUUGAUUCUCGAGCUUGAGUCAUAGCUGACUUUGAUAUUCAGAUUGAGUACUGGCUAAGCCUUCUGAAAGUUAUUACUAUCACAGUAAGCUUCCGGGUCAAAGUCACUAUUUUGGAUGCAUCUAACCUAAUCUAGAUUUUUAUUAUACUUGGAAUCGCAGUGAACUGUGGUGGGAAUACUGAACAUAAAUACAUUGGCGGUAUGAACUGGAACAUUGGUGAUGCACCUGUAUGUUUACCCUGUCUUUUCACUGUCAUUUUAUCGUUGAACCUACGGAAAAUCUUACAAUUUUGAGAAGAUCCACAGGUAGAUGAAUUAACUAACCAUCUUGUAAUCUAGUUUGUAGGCGGAAUAGGUGGUUUCGCUUCUGUGUUUGUGUCAGCAGCUUUUGCAUGUAAGUUUUUCUUGAUACAAGAACAUAUUUACAAUCAACUGAUUCCCUAAUAAGACGGUGGAACUGAAUCAAUCGCCAUUACCGCCGGAGAGACUGCAAACCCCACCAAGAACCUUCCACGUGUAGUAAAGAAUGUCUUUUGGCGUAUUCUAAUCUUCUAUAUCCUAUCCGUUCUUCUCAUUGGUCUGAAUGUCUCUUAUAACACUCCUGGCCUCACACAAAGAUCCAGCUCCGUCUCUCCUUUCACUCUUGUCUUCCAACAGGCCGGUGCUCGCGCAGCUGGCAGUUUUAUUAACGCAGUUAUUGUCACCAGCGUCAUCUCAGCUGGAAACCACGCCCUUUUCGCUGGAACUCGUCUGCUAUACUCCCUUUCAGUCGACCGUCAUGCACCGCAAGUCUUUGGAAAACUGAACAGAAACAAAGUUCCGUGGGUUGCCGUCUUAGCUACCAGUAUCGUCGCAGGAUUGUGUUUUGGAGCAUCCUUCAUAGGUGCAGGGCAACUAUGGACUUGGUUACAAAAUAUCGUGGGAGUUUCGAAUCAAAUUGCCUGGGUUGCAAUUGGCAUAACCUCUAUUCGAUUCCGCGCAGCAGUCAAACUACAAGGAAAAGAAGAUCUUCUGCCUUUCAAAAACUGGACGUAUCCUUGGGGCCCAUGGAUUUGCGUCAUCCUAAACAUCUUCAUUAUCCUGGUUCAAGGUUGGAGUUCUUUCAGUCCAAAGUUUUCGGCAGUGGAUUUUGUGAGCUACUAUUUGCAGUUGGCUGUUAUGCUUGUGAUGUAUGUCGGAUGGAAGGUAUUCAAGAAGACGAAGAUCAUGGGUUUGGGGGAGAUGGAUUUGGAAAGUGAUGUUCAUACCAUUUCGGACGUGGAUUUGGCUGCGACGGAGAAGGAAAAGACGAAUAUGGGGAAGGUAAAGAGGGUACUGAAUUGGGUUUUUUAGAUGGAGUUUUAUAGUUUAUGAUCCAGAGGGC